AAUAAAAAUAAAAAUAUUGAAAAAAAAAAUGAACAUCGACAUUUUAAAUAUUAAUUAAAAUGUUUACUCGAAGGGUCGGGGAGGGGGGAGACGGCAUGACUUGAAAAAUAAAACUAACGUUUAUCGAUGACAGAUGGAGGAGGAGUGUUAAAGAAGAAGAAGAAGAAAAAAAAGAAAUACCUGGGGGCUUUACCAACGUAGCCGACACCGUGAAUUUUUAUUCUGCCUUUUUUUUUCCCUUCUUUUUUUCUUUUUCUUCUCUUUUCUUUUCUUUUCUUUUCUUUUCUUUUCUUUCUAACACCGAAGACUCUCUCGUCAGUUCUACGUCGCCGCAGAAGUCGUACAAGUGUUUUUAAAUCCGCUCAUUGACCAAGUUCGACAUAUCCCACUGAACGUAUGUCAUCAUCAUCAUCAUUAUCAUCGGUUCGAAUGUUCAUCGCGACUAUUUUAUCCCUCUAUGUAUGAUUGAGAUCAUUGAUGAUGUUUUAUCUAAACGGAAGGAGUGCUGGUGGUGAAACAGCUAGGAUCGAUAGAUCACCAGGAAAUAAGGAAGAUGAAUUUGGUUGGUUCAUUGGUGGAUUGGAAUGUCCUACAAAUAUAACUGGAAAUAAUAAAAAUAAGGAUUGCCGAUCGUCAGGAUCGUCAACUUCAAUGCUAUCGUGCAUUGAUUCGGACGAGGCUGAUGCUUACACCUUUGUAUCGGAUUAUUCGAAGAAUCCUGAUGACGAUAAUAACGUCGAUGACGAUGACGAGACCUGUGAAAAUAUAGAACUCACUACUUUAACGAGAAAUACUAAUGAUGAAUUGGACAACGAUCUCAUUGAAAUGGACGCUCUUCGUACAGAUCAAUCGGAUACAAGAACAAGAACAACAACGACGACGAAAAUAACCCAUAGAAAGGAUCAUAAUUUGCACGAUGAAUUGGCAGGUGGUGAACCGAUACUUCAACGAACGCGAGGGAUUUGUUAUACUCCAGAAAGAUUGAUCAGAUGCGAGGAAUACAGGAUUUUAAUACCGUCCCCACGUUUUCUUUCUAUAUCUCGUAUGAGUUCUGAAAAUGAAAAUCCACGUAAGACUAGGCUAUCGAAAAAACGACUUAAUUAUCUCAUCGAUUCGAAACAAACUGGUGACCAACGUUUAAGAGCAUUGUUGGAAUCGUACAACAAGAACGAAGAUAAUUCAAAAAUACAAAUAGCUCGAACAAGCUCUCCUAAUCCCGUCGUUAAUACGACGAGCAUCCUUCAGGAUGACGCCGUGCUCAAGAGGAUGACAACGACGACGACAACAACGACUGAACCAUCGAAAGCUUCAACAACCGAUACUAUUAGCAAUAGAUCGAGUUACGAAAGGCUGAGUGUUACCUGGGAUGAUUUAAAGAAGCAACCAGUAACGGUAACAGCAACAACUCGUCGAUCAUCUGUCGAAGAUACUUCAGGUAUUCAAAGCAACGACUGGAGUUCUGAAACUCAAAGUGACACACAAACGAAUCCUCCUGUUUAUCUUUGCGAUGAACUUGGUAAUACUGCAUCAAGUGGUGUUUGCAGUACCGAUUUCGUUCAGGUACAAUCCACGGCCAUAAACGAAGUAGUAUCGAUCCUGCAGGAGCUCGAAAGUAAUCCAGAAAAAGCAAGGAUUCUGUUGGACGAUGAUCGUUUUCGUGACAAAACUUCAGCUCACGAUAAUUUGACAAGAUUAGCAUUGACCAUAGAAACCGAUGGUAAUGUACCACCCGUUCUCGGGGAACCAGAUAAAUCGGUUUAUUAUCUUCGUAAACGUGUCGAGAGGCUUCAACAUGCGAGUAAGGAUAUCUUCAAAGAUAUUUGCGAACUGAGGAAAGACUUCGAGUAUGAGGAAGAGAAGUUACUUGAUUUAUCAUCGGACGCUUUAAGAUUGAAACAGGAUAUACAUGAAGUGAAAUGCAUCGAUGAUUUAUUAAGGCUUCUACGAGGUGAACUUGAAAGGAUAUCGAACAGGAACUGGCCAUUUGUACUCGGUCAUACUGAACAACAAGAAGAAAUGAAUUUAGUCGUAUAAAUUAUUUUUCUUUUCUUUUUUUUUUUUUUUUCUUUCUUCUUGAUACUAAAUACUCCUCGAUAAUCGUAUCGAGAUAUACGGAAAGAGAAGAUAAAAACAAUGGUUUUGAGAAUAAUUACUGCCAUAAAAGUCGCUUACAAUAAUUCCUUUUCUUUCCAACCCCAAAAGAAAAAACAAAGCGAAAAGAAAAAGGAAGAAAAAAAUAAUUCGUUCAUUCAUUCAUUCAUUCGAUGUGUUAUCUUAUUGUUUUUUUUUUUUUAAAAAGACUUUUUUAUACAGGUCACCGUAAAUUGGUAUAUAUGAAUAAUAGUAAUAUACAAUCUGAUCAAAAAUGA